AUGAUAUCUCGGCACACUUCCAAACCAUCCCAGCCCCACUGGGAGGAUGGUGAAGGGGGCUUCUUCACCAUGGACGAAGCUCCGAGCCCGAAACCGCCUACCCGGCCUCUCUCAGAUUCCUGUCCCUUCACCGACAUUCUCAAAGAGUCUUACUCAGGACUAGGGCUCUACAAGGUCGGCAACGCUCAUCUUCACAUCGUCCGGAACGUUGGGGCACAAGAGCAUAACACCUUGAAGGCUGUGGCAGAGAGAAAUUACAACUUCAUGGUUCCUACCGAAUACUGCCAUGGGGUCUAUGGUGACGGUCACCUAUACUACAUCGCCUACAGUAUCCUACCCGGCAAGUCAAUUGCUGAGAUGUGGCCGAAAACCAAGGAUGAUGCCUUGAAGACGAAGUGGACACGUCAGAUAGCAGAUGCUUAUUACGAACUUUCCAAGUGGCGCGGUGAUCGUAUCUGUGGCAUCGAUGGAGGCAACUUAAAUGAACAAUUUAUCAUCAAUGGGAACUGGUGGGAUACGAGCUUGUCCACGCCUGAAGCCCUCUUGAAGAACUUUAAAGAUAUUAACAUGGACUGCUCCGAGAUUGUUUUCGCCCACAACAAGAUGAUGCCCCUUGCAUUCAUGGUGGACGGAGAUCAAGGACUGGUGGGAAUAUCCACAUGGUAUUCUGCUGGCUUUGUUCCCAAAGGCUGGAUUCAAACUCUUCCACUUGGCAACUCCUUCACCGAGUCUGCUGGCGCGAUUAGAGACACAUGGACUGACUUCGAGUGCAUGGACUGGUCCCGAAAGAUUGACGAUGGAUUUGAAGAAAGGGGCCUCAACGGACACAGGUGGGAGUCGUGGGCAGACUGGCAGGCAAAGAGAGUCUUUACUGAGAGAAAAUAG